AUGUCAAUCCCACCCCAACUCAUCCGCGUCAAGCGAAAGCGGGAUGAGGAUGCCGCCCCCGUCACCUUCCUCCAGUUCGAAGAUGGCACCACCAAGCGGCAUCGUACGGGGAGCAAUUGGGUCUACCAACGUCGCCAGGUCACUGCUUCAGAUUCAGCCCCACGACCUCCUCAAGCUGUGAUGCCGGUCAUCCACGUCUCGAAACCCCAAAAUGAGUCUCCAAGUGCCCCCGGAAUGGGAUCCUCCCAGGAUACUGCGCCAAAGCCGAGGGUGAUAUCUUCAAGGCCCAGUCAGCAACGUUUGAAGCCUGAGCCUCGCCGGUUCCAUCUCUCCCGUGCUGUUAUGGCGGCGGCAAACAGCAAUACUGCAGGUCAAGGAAUUUCCAAGAAGAGUCGAUCCAGCCCCGCAGUGUUCGUCGAGAAGAGACAAAAGAAGAUGGCCGAGAAGAUCCGCCAGAAGCUCGGGGAGGCGACCGCCUCACAAGAGGCAUUGCGGGAGAGUAACGGCUCCGAGCGCGAGAAGGCCGCAGGCGCGAAGGAGUCUGUUCGAGUCUACAAGAAGCCAAGGACCCCUCGAGCUCGAUCUCCCCAGCCGGACAUGCCAAGUCGGGCGCCUCUUCCAGAUUCCUUUAGCAAACCUCAUGGCGUUAACAUGGACAAGAGGACUGCCGAUAUGAAUCAAUGGGUCCUCAAUGAAAUUGGUGCAAAUCUUCAGGAGAUGGAGCGAGAGAACCAGAAACAACAAUCGCCAAAGCUCAAGUUUCGACCCAAGGCACCUGAAAAGCGCUUCGCGGAGCGCAAUCCCGAGCAUACCGCAGGCUUGCAAGUGCCGAGCUCCUCAGAUACACCCAUGACCGAUGCUAGUGGCGAGGAUGGUAUGGAAGAGGACGGAGACGACGACGAAUGGGUUAUUGAAGAAUACGUGCGUAUUCCUGCGCAUUCAAUGGCAAUGGACACGUCGCCUGCCGAUGUGGGUGUUCUUGUCCUGGAAGGUGAAGAGGAUGACUAUCUGUUUUUCGGGCCGGAGCGUGAGGAUGACGACGACCUCAUUGACGAAGACGAAGACGAAAAUGCUGAAAACCACUACACUGCAGAUUACCCAGAAGACGAAGUCGAGUCCGACGAUGAGUUUGGUCGCAACCCUUACCAUUACAGGAACAUGAACGCUUCGGAUGAUGAGGAAUUUGACAACGAUCGCUACUCUGAGGCCAGUGAUGACAUGGUACUAGAGGGCGACGACGAUGAUUUGACAAUGGCUCGCAUCAAGAACUACAUGCGACGAAAGCCUGACAUGCCGAUGAGGAGUCGACCUUGA